UGGAUUCCCCGUCCACCAGAAAAAUAUGCUUUGAGUGGUCACAGGAGUCCAGUCACCCGAGUCAUUUUCCAUCCUGUGUUCAGUGUUAUGGUCUCUGCUUCAGAGGAUGCUACCAUUAAGGUGUGGGAUUAUGAAACUGGAGAUUUUGAACGAACUCUUAAGGGCCAUGCAGACUCUGUACAGGAUAUUUCAUUUGACCACAGUGGCAAGCUUCUAGCUUCCUGUUCUGCAGAUAUGACCAUUAAACUAUGGGAUUUUCAGGGCUUUGAAUGCAUCAGAACCAUGCACGGCCAUGACCACAAUGUUUCUUCAGUAGCCAUCAUGCCUAAUGGAGAUCAUAUAGUGUCCACCUCAAGGGAUAAAACUAUAAAAAUGUGGGAAGUGCAAACUGGCUACUGUGUGAAGACAUUCACAGGACACAGAGAAUGGGUACGUAUGGUGCGACCAAACCAGGAUGGCACCCUGAUAGCCAGCUGUUCCAAUGACCAGACAGUGCGAGUAUGGGUGGUAGCAACAAAGGAAUGCAAGGCUGAGCUCCGAGAACACGAACAUGUGGUAGAAUGCAUCUCCUGGGCUCCAGAAAGCUCCUAUUCUUCCAUCUCUGAAGCAACAGGAUCUGAGACUAAGAAAAGUGGCAAGCCUGGACCAUUCUUGCUGUCUGGAUCUAGAGACAAGACUAUUAAGAUGUGGGAUGUCAGUACUGGCAUGUGCCUUAUGACCCUUGUGGGUCAUGAUAACUGGGUACGUGGAGUUCUGUUCCAUUCUGGGGGAAAGUUUAUUUUGAGUUGUGCUGAUGACAAGACCCUACGUGUAUGGGAUUACAAGAACAAGCGAUGCAUGAAGCCCCUCAAUGCGCACGAACACUUUGUUACCUCCUUGGAUUUCCAUAAGACGGCACCAUAUGUGGUUACUGGCAGUGUAGAUCAAACAGUAAAGGUGUGGGAGUGCCGUUGA